AAAAUUAAUCCCAGUAUUGAAAUAAAUUUCGAAAUGUUAACAUUCAAGGCCUCCUGAAUGAAGAAGUAAAAAAUCAAUUCACAAAAUAAACAUGACUUUCCGAUUCGAUAAUGUAAAACUUGCUCAAAUAAUUUUAUUUCUCAUCGCAAAUGUGUUGACGUCAAGUGCCGAAAUCGAUUUGAGUAGUUCACUUGUUCGAGAUAUUCUACUAAAAAGUAAGAAAGCCGAAAUAAUCAAUUCGAUAGAUCCCCAGGUCCAGCCAUGCGAUAAUUUCUAUAAAUUUGCCUGCGGCCAAUGGCAGCGGGUAAAUAAAGCUGACAAUAGCCAAAUUGUUAGUAGGGAUAAAUUUCAAGAAAUGACCAAUAUCCUACAUCAGAAGGUGCACGAUUUACUGAAUAAUACUUCCGAGCCACAUACGAAUUCCAUAAAGGAUAAACUACAGGAUUUCUACAAGUCCUGCAUACAAUUGAAUUCCGCUUCGGCAAAUUAUAAAGUGGACCUGCAUCGGAUCUAUGAGUCAUAUGGUGAGUUUUCUUUUCUCAACAACAAUCGGAGUGUGGCCGAUAAUGCGGAGAUUUUGACCUUUGAUGUGUGGUCUACCAUAGCUCAGUUGAAGAGGCUAUAUGACAAGACCAUACUUUUAUCCAUCGAUGUGCAAACUGAUUUUUAUAAUCGCAACGAGACGAAAAUAUAUUUGGGUCCUCCGGACCUAUCCAACAAUCUGCAAGACAAAGAAGACGCAAUGUCCUGGUAUUUAGGUAAAAUAUUUUACAUUAACAGGGAUAAGAUAUCGGAUAUCACCUCAACAUUGCUGCAAGUGGAAAGUGAUUUGAGUCAGAUGGAUGUGGACUCGGCCGAGGAGAAUGACGGAGGUGACAUCAAUGAUAUGCUGCAGUUGUAUACCCUAGAUCAUUUGCAGGAAAAAUAUCCUGAAUUUGAUGUGAAAUCGUUUUUGAGCAUUGCCUUGAAUACCAGCGAUGUACCCGAACAGCUGUACCUCUUCAACGAAGGCUAUUUUCGAAAUCUAUUGGAAGUGGUAAAUUCUACCCACCCGGAGAUCCUACGGGACUAUGUACUCUGGCAGCUGCUGGAAGAGUAUUUGAUUGACACAGUGGUUAUGAAGCCAUCGGAGAAGGAAGAGUUUUGUACAAAACAAUCGAAAAAAUAUUUUGGUGAAUUUAUGGAUCACACCAUCUAUGAGGGAUAUCGUUCGGAGGUUUACGAAAAAGAGCUACUGCAGUUGUGGCACGAAAUCAAGUCCAGUUUUAGGAGUGCUUUUCGAAACAACAGCUAUCCAUGGAUGUCGCAGCAGGUGCAAAGGGAAGCCCUCGACAAGUUGAAUGCCAUGAAUUUGACCAUCAAUUCCUAUGAAAACGUGGAUUUCCCGCGUUUCUAUGAAACCCUGAAAAUAGAUCCCUCCAAUUAUGUCACGAAUAUUGAGGCGAUUUUACGUCAUAGGGCAGCACAGAAGAGUACUACCACCAUGUCAUUGGAUACGGCCCAGUUGACCUCCUUUACACCGGUCUACAGAAGUUCCAAGAACUCCAUCAUGAUACCCGUCAGUCUGCUGCAACCCUUCAUGGUGUGGCAUCCCCUCUAUCCGCAAUCGAUAAAAUUCGCCACAUUGGGUAACCUCUUGGCCCACGAAAUGAUCCACGGUUUCGAUGACAAGGGACGUCGGUACGACAGCUAUGGACAACUUCGUGACUGGUGGGAUGAAGAGUCGGAAAAUACCUUCGAAGAGGGACGUUCGUGUUUCGAACAACAAUAUCAUCGUUUCGUAUACGAAAAGCAACAGCUACCCCUUCAGCCGGUCCAAUCGGAAAAUAUAGCCGAUAAUGCAGCCAUACGUCUGGCGUUUGCUGCCUAUUCCCAUUGGUGGCACAACACGAAAGAAAUGCAACCCGAUCUCGAAAUCAAAGAGAACUUCCAAGAUCUCAAGUACACAAAUUGGGAAUUAUUUUUCAUAAGCUACGCCCAGCUGUGGUGUGACGAUGUUCACACGAAAUAUCGUACCGCCAUUCUCGAUGAGAUCAUCCAUGCACCAUCGGAGUUUCGGGUGAUUGGACCAUUGUCAAAUUUCAAUAAAUUUUCGGAGAUUUUCAAAUGCCACCCAGGAAGUGCUAUGAAUCCGAGAGAUAAAUGUGAAAUUUAUUAGUUAAUAAAGAAAUGAUAAAUAAAGUUUAUGUCAGAUAACAAG